AAAUCCUUCUCACCAAUAUGCACACGUAAAUCAAUAAUUAUAGAAAAAUAUAUCGCAUUGCGACAACAAGAAUAAACUUCACACUUUAUCUGCAAAAGGUUAUUAUUCUCAGUGUGCGAAAACAUGGUGAUUUCCUCGUUCGAAAACGACUUGGUUCAGUUGACAUUCAAUUGUGAGAGAGAUGACAGUAAACGAGCUUCUACUGGUUAUACUGGUAAUGACGGCCACUGAUAUAACCGCUGAAGGUCAGCACUGUGGAAGACUGUUGGAAACUCAGCUUUACAAACACAAAACACACACGGAACAGGAUGAGCAUCCUUGGCUGGGACGCAUUCUCUAUAGGGAUGCAAACCAAUUCACCACCUACCGCUGCACCGUCGUACUGCUCCAUUCGCGUCAUGGCGUGGCGCCAGCUCUCUGCGUGACUGGAAGGUCCAUCAGGGAGCAGACCCCCUUUGCGGUCAUGUUCGGCAGCCCAGAGUGCUCAUCCGGCGGAACCUUCGAAAUAGAGGACUUCUUCGUUCCGCCUAACUAUACCAACGCCAGAUACGAGAUCGACUUCGCUGUGAUCCGCCUUAAGGAUGAGGUUCCCUUUUCCCAGCACAUCCAACCCAUAUGUCUGCCUCAAUCUGACGAGAUUGUCCCGACCUUGGCGGGACAGAACGUGGAAGUAAUUGGCUUUGAAGUAUGGAGCUACGAGGUCAGCAGCUUGCGCCGGAAGACAUUCGCCCACUUGGUCGUCCAUUCGGUGUGUCAGGAGCAGUACAAGCACAUAUCGCCUCAUCUAAUUUGUGGCUACGUCCGCGGAACCCCUUUGCAGCAGGGAGCUAUCCUGGUAGGAGUUCGCCUAGUGGAAGGGGAACCAAGGCAGUACUACCUCAUCGGGCACCUCCUGGCCAAAUUUGAUUCGGUGGUUUCAGGAGCAGAUCUUUUCAUGUACAUCGCACCAUACAAAAAUUGGAUAGAAGCGAGAAUCAACGGAUUGGACGACAGUCAUAUGUCAUUAAAAGUCCCUAUUUAAUACAUAUAGUGAAAUACUGUUGUAUUUUUGAGUCAAACUAAUAUCACUUAAGUUGACUAAGGACAAAUUUAGAGAAAUAGUUUUCACGUUUUCAUUCCCCAACUCUAAAUAUUCUUAUUUCUUCGAAUAAAUAUGUGAAUAUGGACUAUAUAUAUAUAUGAAUGGUCAAAAGAUAGCACUUUAUUGGAGUUGACAUAGGCCAUAGAGAAACUGUACAAUUUAGAUUUUUGCCCAACCUUCAUUAAACUAUAAUAUAUUAAUGAGACUUUAAUAAU